CAUUAGCCGAGUGUUGGAUCUGCUGUAGCUGAGUUUAUACUCUAUUAGCGAGAUCGACAUGCCUCCCAAGAAACCAGCUCAACCCGCGGCAAAUAAGAAAACCCAAGAGAAGAAAAAAGAGAAGAUUAUUGAAGACAAGACCUUUGGACUGAAGAACAAGAAAGGAGCCAAGCAGCAGAAGUUCAUUAAAACUGUAACGCACCAGGUGAAAUAUGGACAACAGAACACUCGACAGGUUGCUGCUGAAGGUGAUAAAGGCAAGAAAACAGAUAAGAAGAAGGAAAUCACGGAGCUGAAUGAGCUCUUCAAACCUGUGGUGACUGCACAAAAAGUUAGCAAAGGUGUGGAUCCUAAAUCGGUGCUGUGUGCCUUCUUCAAACAAGGCCAGUGUACCAAAGGAGAUAAGUGUAAGUUCUCUCAUGACCUGAGUCUUGACAGGAAGUGUGAAAAGCGCAGCGUCUACGUCGACGUCCGGGAGGAUGAACUGGAGAAAGACACGAUGGAGAACUGGGACGAGAAGAAGCUGGAGGAAGUGGUCAACAAGAAACACGGAGAGGCUGAGAAGAUGAAAGCCAAGACUCAUAUUGUGUGUAAGUACUUUCUGGAGGCUAUAGAGAACAAUAAGUACGGUUGGUUCUGGGUGUGUCCUGCCGGAGGAGACACCUGUAUGUACCGCCACGCUCUGCCCGUCGGCUUCGUCCUCAAGAAGGAUAAGAAGAAGGAGGAGACGGAGGAGGAGGAGAUCUCGCUGGAGGAGCUGAUCGAGAACGAGAGAGCAGCACUGGGUGUAAACGUGACUCGUAUCACGUUGGAAACAUUCCUGGUCUGGAAGAAGAGUACGAGGCAGGAGAAAAUCGCUAGAGCUGAAGAGGACAAGGAGAGGAAGAAAGCUGAUUUUAAAGCAGGAAAAUCACUCGGGGUGAGCGGGCGUGAGGUGUUUGAGUUCAGGCCUGAGCUGGUUGAUGACGACGACGAGGAAGCAGACGAUACCAGAUACUCCGAAGACGACGAGUUCACGCAAGAGGUGGAGGAGGAGGACGAGCAGUGUCAGGACAUCGACGUUGCACGCUUUGUUCCUAAAGAAGUAGAUAACACAGGAAUCACGGUGGCAGCCGUUGACCGAUUCACAGCCAGAGUUCAGCCGAUCAGCGAGACAGACGACCACAAACUGAGCGAAGCGUCGGGCGGGGUGGAGAACGGUGAGGACCACACGCUGGACGAGGACGGAGACAGUGACGGAGGCGGAGACAGCGCGGAGGAGGCGGAGUCGGUACCGGUGGACGAGAAUCUGUUUACAGGGGAAGAUCUAGACGAACUGGAAGAGGAGCUGAACACACUCGACCUGGACGAGUAACGGCGGCACUUUAAGCCUCCUGUAUGAACUCCGACCGGGCAUGACGUCAUGAACCACACUGUCUUUAUCUUCUGUCUCCUCCACCAAUCGGAUCCACUGUAGAGUUAAUGACUCGUCCAAUCAGAGCUCACCGGUAUGAUCCUGCUGACUACGUCGUUCCUCUUCAUCAGAACCUUCUGGAUCCUCCUGCAGCUACCUGCAGCUUCAUCUAAAGUGGACACGUGUUCUAAUUCAUGUGCUCAUCCGGGCUGUCUGAUUCUCCGCGUGUCCUGUACAUUCUGAUCCGAUUCAGUCUCAUUAGCACGGCGGGAACGUUAGCUGGUGCGUUCAGAGUUUUUUUUUAGUUGGCACUAAAUUCCUGAUGUAAUUACUGCGGUUGAGCUAUACAAGGCUAAUUCCAUUUAGCUCCUGUGUCUGAAGUGGUAACCGAGACCAGCGUGAUCUUAAGUUAAGUUCAGCAGUGAUGUAUACACCGAUCAGCCAUAACAUUAAAACCACCUCCAUGUUUCUACACUCACUGUCCAUUUUAUCAGCUCCUAUUACCAUAU